AUGGGAUUGGCCCACGCAGAUUUCAAUUACCACAUUGUCAGUGACCCAAACAAGAUAUCCCGCCUACUCAAAGAAGAAGGUGAGCGACCACCGCCAACAGCCGUCUUAAUGGCAGAUGGAUGGUUGUUUCGAAGUCAGGGCUGGGACAUCUUGAUCGAAAUUGCAGAGUAUGCGCAAAGAGGUCGCAUAUCUAUUAUGAUGGAUGCUAUACCUGUCCGCAGUGUUGGCUCACAGGAUAGGUGGUAUGAUAUUCAGACUGAUGAGCCUGGCGAGUCGGCGGCGGCGAUGAGCCGUGCUGCGCGUGGAUGGGUUGGUUAUUUGGGUGAUCUCCAGAUUGGACAGACCUCGAUUGAUAUUCUUGUUUGCAUGUGCAGGAUUAAGGAAGUGACUCGGUCGGUUUAA